GAGGCGGCGAGGCACUUUACUGGGCUGCCCCCUGCAGCCCGACGGCAGGACGAGGCGCGUCCAGGCGGAGCUCGGGACUGCGGCCGUGGCACACCUGCCCCGCGGUCCGCACGGCCGAGGCCGCUGCGGGGUCCGCACCCUCUGCCCCGCGGAAUCGCGGGGCACCCAGCCAACCGCAGCUGUCCAUCUCCUCCCGAGCCAGCCAAUCGCCCGCGACUGCCCCGGCCGCACCUCCCGGAAUCUCUGACGGGCGUGCGGCUCAGCCUAUGAGAUGGGGGCCUCGGAGGCCUGGGCUGGGAGCGGGAGCCAAUGAGCAUCAUUUCAGAGGCAGUCGCUCUUGGAUCCCUUCUGUUCACAAUGGCACAGAGAACUGGACUUGAAGAUCCGGAGAGGUAUCUCUUUGUGGACAGGGCGGUCAUCUACAACCCUGCCACUCAGGCCGAUUGGACGGCUAAAAAGCUAGUGUGGAUUCCAUCAGAACGCCAUGGUUUCGAGGCAGCUAGUAUCAAAGAAGAGCGGGGAGAUGAAGUUAUGGUGGAGUUGGCGGAGAAUGGAAAGAAAGCAAUGGUCAACAAAGAUGAUAUUCAGAAGAUGAACCCACCUAAGUUUUCCAAGGUGGAGGAUAUGGCAGAAUUGACGUGCUUGAAUGAAGCUUCUGUUUUGCAUAAUCUGAAGGAUCGUUACUAUUCAGGACUUAUCUAUACAUAUUCUGGACUCUUCUGUGUAGUCAUAAAUCCUUACAAGAAUCUUCCCAUUUACUCUGAGAAUAUUAUUGAAAUGUACAGAGGGAAGAAACGUCACGAGAUGCCUCCACACAUCUAUGCCAUAUCUGAAUCUGCUUACAGAUGCAUGCUUCAAGAUCGUGAGGACCAGUCAAUUCUUUGCACGGGUGAAUCGGGUGCCGGGAAGACAGAAAAUACUAAGAAAGUCAUUCAGUACCUUGCUCAUGUCGCUUCCUCACACAAAGGACGAAAGGACCAUAAUAUUCCUCAGGAAUCACCUAAACCAGUGAAACACCAGGGGGAACUUGAACGGCAGCUUUUGCAAGCAAAUCCAAUCCUGGAAUCAUUUGGAAACGCAAAGACUGUGAAAAAUGAUAACUCAUCUCGUUUUGGCAAGUUUAUUCGGAUCAACUUUGACGUAACUGGCUAUAUCGUUGGGGCCAACAUUGAAACAUACCUUCUGGAAAAAUCUCGUGCUGUUCGUCAAGCAAAAGAUGAACGUACUUUUCAUAUCUUUUACCAAUUGUUAUCUGGAGCAGGAGAACAUCUGAAGUCUGAUUUGCUCCUUGAAGGAUUUAAUAACUACAGAUUUCUCUCCAAUGGCUAUAUUCCUAUUCCGGGACAGCAAGACAAAGAUAACUUUCAAGAGACGAUGGAAGCAAUGCAUAUAAUGGGCUUCUCCCACGAAGAGAUUCUGUCAAUGCUUAAGGUGGUAUCUUCAGUGCUACAGUUCGGAAAUAUUUCUUUCAAAAAGGAGCGAAACACUGAUCAAGCUUCCAUGCCGGAGAAUACAGUUGCCCAGAAACUCUGCCAUCUUCUGGGCAUGAAUGUGAUGGAGUUCACUCGGGCUAUUCUCACCCCCCGGAUCAAGGUCGGCCGAGACUACGUGCAGAAAGCACAGACCAAAGAACAAGCAGAUUUUGCAGUAGAAGCUUUGGCAAAAGCUACCUAUGAACGGCUCUUCCGCUGGCUCGUACACCGCAUCAAUAAAGCCCUGGAUAGGACCAAACGGCAAGGGGCGUCUUUCAUUGGAAUCCUGGAUAUCGCUGGAUUUGAGAUUUUUGAGCUGAACUCCUUCGAGCAGCUGUGCAUCAACUACACCAACGAGAAGCUGCAGCAGCUCUUCAACCACACCAUGUUCAUCCUGGAGCAGGAGGAGUACCAGCGCGAGGGCAUCGAGUGGAACUUCAUCGACUUCGGGCUGGACCUGCAGCCGUGCAUUGACCUCAUCGAGAGACCCGCUAACCCUCCUGGCGUGCUGGCCCUUUUGGAUGAAGAGUGCUGGUUCCCUAAAGCCACAGAUAAGACCUUUGUUGAAAAACUAGUUCAAGAGCAAGGGUCCCACUCCAAGUUUCAGAAACCUCGUCAACUGAAAGACAAAGCUGACUUUUGCAUUAUACAUUAUGCGGGGAAGGUGGACUAUAAGGCGGACGAGUGGCUGAUGAAGAAUAUGGACCCCCUGAAUGACAACGUGGCCACCCUCCUGCAUCAGUCCUCCGACAGAUUUGUGGCAGAGCUCUGGAAGGAUGAGAUUCAGAAUAUUCAGAGAGCUUCUUUCUAUGACAGUGUUUCUGGUCUUCAUGAGCCACCAGUGGACCGGAUCGUGGGUCUGGACCAAGUGACGGGGAUGACAGAGACAGCUUUUGGCUCUGCCUAUAAAACCAAGAAGGGCAUGUUCCGUACAGUCGGGCAGCUCUACAAAGAAUCUCUCACCAAGCUGAUGGCGACGCUCCGCAACACCAACCCUAACUUCGUGCGCUGCAUCAUUCCGAAUCACGAGAAGCGGGCUGGGAAACUGGACCCGCACCUAGUGCUGGAUCAGCUUCGCUGCAACGGUGUCCUGGAAGGGAUCCGAAUCUGUCGCCAGGGAUUCCCCAACCGGAUUGUUUUCCAGGAAUUCAGACAGAGAUACGAGAUCCUAACUCCAAAUGCUAUUCCUAAGGGCUUUAUGGAUGGCAAACAGGCUUGUGAGCGCAUGAUCCGGGCUUUAGAAUUGGACCCAAACUUGUACAGGAUUGGACAGAGCAAGAUAUUUUUCAGAGCUGGAGUUCUGGCACACUUAGAGGAAGAAAGAGAUUUAAAAAUUACCGAUAUCAUUAUCUUCUUUCAGGCUGUUUGCAGAGGUUACUUAGCCAGAAAGGCCUUCGCCAAGAAGCAGCAGCAGCUGAGCGCCCUGAAGGUGCUGCAGCGCAACUGCGCCGCGUACCUGAAGCUGCGGCACUGGCAGUGGUGGCGCGUCUUCACCAAGGUGAAGCCGCUCCUCCAAGUCACUCGCCAAGAGGAGGAACUCCAGGCCAAAGACGAAGAGCUGCUGAAGGUGAAAGAGAAGCAGACGAAGGUGGAAGGGGAGCUGGAGGAGAUGGAGAGGAAGCACCAACAGCUGCUAGAAGAGAAGAAUAUCCUGGCAGAGCAACUACAAGCAGAGACUGAGCUCUUUGCUGAAGCAGAAGAGAUGAGGGCAAGGCUUGCCGCUAAGAAGCAGGAAUUAGAAGAGAUUCUCCAUGACUUGGAGUCUAGGGUUGAAGAAGAAGAAGAAAGAAACCAAAUCCUCCAAAAUGAAAAGAAGAAAAUGCAAGCACACAUCCAGGACCUGGAGGAGCAGCUGGACGAGGAGGAGGGGGCUCGCCAGAAACUGCAGCUGGAGAAGGUGACGGCAGAGGCCAAGAUCAAGAAGAUGGAAGAGGAGAUUCUGCUUCUCGAGGACCAAAAUUCCAAAUUUAUCAAAGAAAAGAAACUCAUGGAAGAUCGCAUUGCUGAGUGUUCCUCUCAGCUGGCUGAAGAGGAAGAAAAGGCAAAAAACCUGGCCAAGAUCAGGAAUAAGCAAGAAGUGAUGAUCUCAGACUUAGAAGAGCGCUUAAAGAAGGAGGAGAAGACCCGCCAGGAACUGGAAAAGGCCAAAAGGAAACUGGACGGUGAGACCACAGACCUGCAGGACCAGAUCGCCGAGCUCCAGGCGCAGAUUGACGAGCUCAAGAUCCAGGUGGCCAAGAAGGAGGAGGAGCUGCAGGGCGCCCUGGCCAGGGGUGACGACGAGACACUGCACAAGAACAACGCGCUUAAAGUCGUGCGAGAGCUGCAAGCCCAGCUUGCUGAGCUGCAGGAAGACUUUGAAUCCGAGAAGGCUUCGCGGAACAAGGCAGAAAAGCAGAAGAGGGACUUGAGUGAGGAGCUGGAAGCUCUGAAGACAGAGCUUGAGGACACGCUGGACACCACGGCAGCUCAGCAGGAACUGCGCACCAAACGUGAACAAGAAGUGGCAGAGCUGAAGAAAGCUCUCGAGGAGGAAACGAAGAACCACGAGGCUCAGAUCCAGGACAUGAGGCAGAGACACGCGACCGCCCUGGAGGAGCUGUCGGAGCAGCUAGAGCAGGCGAAGAGGUUCAAGGCAAAUCUGGAGAAGAACAAGCAGGGCCUGGAGACGGACAACAAGGAGCUGGCGUGCGAGGUGAAAGUGCUGCAGCAGGUCAAGGCCGAGUCUGAGCACAAGAGGAAGAAGCUGGACGCCCAGGUCCAGGAGCUCCACGCCAAGGUCUCGGAAGGAGACAGACUCAGGGUGGAACUGGCCGAGAAAGCGAAUAAGUUACAGAAUGAAUUGGAUAAUGUCUCAACUCUUCUAGAAGAAGCAGAGAAAAAGGGUAUUAAGUUUGCCAAGGACGCAGCUGGUCUUGAGUCUCAACUCCAGGACACACAGGAGCUUCUUCAGGAAGAGACACGCCAAAAACUGAACCUGAGCAGUCGGAUCCGGCAGCUGGAGGAGGAAAAGAACAGCCUCCAGGAGCAGCAGGAGGAGGAGGAAGAGGCCAGGAAGAACCUGGAAAAGCAGGUGCUGGCCCUGCAGGCCCAGUUGACAGAUACCAAGAAGAAAGUAGAUGAUGACCUGGGGACAAUUGAAAGUUUGGAAGAAGCCAAGAAGAAGCUCCUUAAAGACGUGGAAGCACUGAGCCAGCGCCUGGAGGAGAAGGCCCUGGCCUACGACAAGCUGGAGAAGACCAAGAACCGCCUGCAGCAGGAGCUUGAUGACCUGCUGGUGGACCUGGACCACCAGCGCCAGAUCGUCUCCAACUUGGAGAAGAAGCAGAAGAAGUUCGAUCAGCUGUUAGCAGAAGAGAAGAACAUCUCUGCCCGCUACGCGGAAGAGCGAGACCGGGCCGAAGCAGAGGCCAGAGAGAAGGAAACCAAAGCCCUGUCCCUGGCCCGUGCCCUUGAGGAGGCCCUGGAGGCCAAGGAAGAGUCUGAGCGGCAGAACAAGCAGCUGCGGGCAGACAUGGAGGACCUGAUGAGCUCCAAGGACGACGUGGGCAAGAACGUUCAUGAACUUGAAAAAUCCAAACGGGCCCUAGAGCAGCAGGUGGAGGAAAUGAGGACCCAGCUAGAAGAGCUAGAAGAUGAGCUUCAGGCUACAGAAGACGCCAAGCUUCGCCUGGAGGUCAACAUGCAGGCCAUGAAGGCCCAGUUCGAGAGGGACUUGCAGACCAGAGAUGAGCAGAACGAGGAAAAGAAGCGGCUACUCAUUAAACAGGUGCGGGAGCUGGAGGCUGAGCUGGAGGAUGAGCGGAAACAGCGGGCCCUUGCUGUGGCUUCAAAGAAGAAAAUGGAAAUAGACCUGAAGGACCUGGAAGCUCAAAUCGAGGCUGCAAACAAAGCUAGGGAUGAAGUGAUCAAGCAGCUCCGCAAACUUCAGGCUCAGAUGAAGGACUACCAACGUGAAUUAGAAGAAGCUCGUGCAUCCCGGGAUGAGAUUUUUGCUCAGUCCAAAGAGAGUGAAAAGAAACUGAAGAGUCUGGAAGCAGAAAUCCUUCAACUGCAGGAGGAACUUGCCUCAUCUGAGCGAGCCCGCCGACACGCCGAGCAGGAGAGAGAUGAGCUGGCGGAUGAGAUCGCCAACAGCGCCUCUGGCAAGUCUGCGCUGCUGGAUGAGAAGCGGCGUCUGGAGGCACGGAUAGCACAGCUGGAGGAGGAGCUUGAAGAGGAGCAGAGCAACAUGGAGUUGCUCAACGACCGCUUCCGCAAGACCACGCUGCAGGUGGGCACGCAGCGGCCGCCCCAGGGAGGGCCGCGCCGUCCCCGCACGACUGACCCAUCUCCUCUCCAGGUGGACACGCUGAACGCAGAGCUGGCGGCCGAGCGCAGCGCCGCCCAGAAGAGCGACAACGCGCGCCAGCAGCUGGAGCGGCAGAACAAGGAGCUGAAGGCCAAGCUGCAGGAGCUGGAGGGUGCUGUCAAGUCCAAGUUCAAGGCCACCAUCUCAGCCCUGGAAGCCAAGAUUGGGCAGUUGGAGGAGCAGCUUGAGCAGGAGGCCAAGGAAAGAGCAGCCGCCAACAAACUAGUCCGUCGCACCGAGAAGAAGCUGAAGGAAAUCUUCAUGCAGGUCGAGGAUGAACGCCGCCACGCCGACCAGUAUAAAGAACAGAUGGAGAAGGCCAACGCCAGGAUGAAGCAGCUCAAACGGCAGCUGGAGGAAGCAGAGGAAGAAGCCACACGUGCCAACGCGUCUCGGCGCAAACUCCAGCGGGAACUGGAUGACGCCACCGAGGCCAACGAGGGCCUGAGCCGCGAGGUCAGCACGCUGAAGAACCGGCUGAGGCGAGGAGGCCCGAUCAGCUUCUCCGCCAGCCGAUCUGGCCGGCGCCAGCUGCACAUCGAGGGCGCUUCCCUGGAGCUGUCGGAUGACGACACAGAAAGUAAGACCAGUGAUGUCAAUGAGACGCAGCCGCCCCAGUCUGAGUAGAUCCGAGGAAGCCGGCGGAGGCGAUACCGAGGGACAGGCAGGAAGCCCCCCAGCGCCCCGGCCUCGGGGGCCCCCUGCAGAUCUGGGGGACCGGCGAACCGCACGACUCCUGAGAGAUUAACUGUGUCUUAAGGACUUGCAGCCUACACGACUGUCUCCUGCUUCAGAUUUAGGUACAAUUGCUCCCCUUUUUAUAUAUAUAUAUACACAAGACCUACACAUACUAAACAGAUCGUCUCAUGAUUGCGUCUAUUUUCCAUAUAUCCAUCAAGAGACCGUUUUAUAAUACAUGUUAAGAAGAGACCCCUUUUUCGAACAAACUCUAGACCCCGUUGCCGGUCGCUGGGGCAGCCCCGGGGUUGCUGCCCAGUCGCUCUGCAUGCUCUGUCUUACGGACAGCUACCUUAACCUUAGUUCUGUGUUCAUGUGGCCCCUGCCUCCUCAGCCACGUCAAGUCUCUUAGAACGUUGUGGAACCUAAACUGCACUUGUAGCUCUCAUUUCCUUCAAAAUAAUGAUCAACACUAUUUCAGUGAGCAAACUGUGAAAGGGGCUUUGGAGAGAUUAGGAGGGGUGGGUUGGAUGUGGGGAAGCGGCGUCCGUGUGGGGUGGCCAUGCCUACCUCCCUCGAGUCGUGGUGUGCCCCCUCUCUUCACGUGAACUGUCCUCGGCCCGGUCUGUGCAUAGGAAGAACAGCGGCCACCACCCAGCUGAGGCCCUGGGGGCAGCCAUCACAGUGACUGCAGGAGGGCCUCCGGAGGCCCCGGCUUCCCCCGUGUGCUCCUCGCUUCUGGAGCGAGCAGCUGCAGGCCCCGGAGCAGAAGCUCGGGCGAUACCCUCCCUCGCCAGCCAGGCUCUCAUGCUGACCUUGCAAAUUCAGCCGCUGCUUUGAGCCCAAAAUGGGAAUAUUGGUUUUGUGUCCGAGACUUGUUCCAAGUUUGUUGAUGAGGUUGACAGAACCUCGAGAACAGAUGCCACCUGCCUGAAUGUUGACAUGCCAGUGGAUGUGACUCCUUUUUGAUUUCUCCUUUCCCCUCCCCCUUGGGACAGUGUUACAGUGAACAUUUAGCAUUCUGUUUUUGGUUGCUAGUUAAUCAAACUGACAUUACAGAAAGUGCCUUAGACACUACAGUACUAAGACAAUGUUAAAUAUAUUAUUUGCCUCUGUAACAAUCUAAUGUAUUAAGUUUUGACUGUGCUUCAUAUAUCAUGUACCUCUCUAGUCAAAGUGGUAUUAUAAACAUUCAGUGACAAUGAAUCAGUGUUAAUUAUAAAUCCUUGAUCCUCUGCAACAUGCUUGAAAACACAAACCUUUUGGGUUAAAAGCUUUAACAUCUGUUAGGAAGAAUUUGUCAUGUGGGUUUGGAAUCUUUGAUUUUCCCCCUUUAUGAAUUGUACUGGCUGUUGACCACCAGACACCUGACUGCAAAUAUCUUUUCUUGUAUUCCCAUAUUUCUAGACAAUGAUUUUUGUAAGACAAUAAAUUUAUUCAUUAUAGAUA